ACACAGCGCACGUCACAUCGAAACCAAACUAAAUAAAACGCGGAUUAACUAAAACUAAGUUCAGCUGUAACUAUCAGCUUUUUACUAGUUUUAUUUGUGCGCAGUGUUUUUUUAUGAAAAAAUACAAAACGUGUUUUGUAACUAAAGUUUUUUGGUGUUUUUACAUUUUUUAUUGUUUUUUAAAUUUUAAGUGUUUUGGAAUAUAAUGAAGGGUCAGGCUAAACGUUUGGUGGACCACAAGGGGCGGGCGCACGAAAUGGACCUCAAGAAGAUAAAGAAAGAGAAAGAAGGAAAGGAGACAAGGACGGACGAAGUGGGAUUCCUGCAGCUGUGGCGCUACGCGACACCUGUAGAGCGCCUCGCCACAUGCCUGGGCGUGCUGGCGUCGUGGCUAUGCUCGUGUGGGCUCGUGCUUGCCGUGCUCAUAUACGGGGAGCUCACAGCCCUGUUCGUAGCGAGACACAAGGCAUCGAGGGCCACGUCACCAGCGGUGUUACACUUGUUCCAUGGAGGGAGAGAAGUACCGGACGGCAACCGCUCUGAGCACAUGGACGCUCUAAUAGAAGAUUCCAUAGCGUUCGCGCUGGCCAGCGUCGCCAUCAUGGCCUGCCAGCUGCUCGCUGCCGCCGCCGCCGUCACGCUCGCCAACUGGGCCGCUGCUAGAAUGGUGUCGCGGCUACGCUACCGGUUGCUGCGCUCCGUACUUCGCCAAGAGAUGGCGUUCUUCGACACCAACACUACGCUCAACUUCGCCUCUGCGCUAACAGAGGACAUGGAUAAAUUCCGAGGAGGCGUGGGUGAGCACGUGGUGAUGACGUCAUAUCUCGCCGGCUCUGUCGUCGCGGCAGCUUCUCUCUCGCUCUACUACGGCUGGCAGCUCACCCUGGUCGGCCUCGCCAUAGUUCCUAUAGCUAUUCUAGUCGCCGCUACUGUUGCUAAGUACCAAACACGAUGUUCGGCGGAAGAAGUGGCGGCGUACGGCGCCGCGGGACGCACCGCCGAGGAGGCUCUCGCCGCCAUCAGAACCGUGCGAGCUUUGGGAGGCGAGGAGGUGGAGGUGCAACGUUACAAACGUCUCCUCGCACCUGCCAAGGCAGCCUCAUCACGGCGCGGACUCUGGGCCGGAGCGGGCUCCGGGCUGGGCUGGCUGCUGACCUACUCGCUCAACGCCGUGGUGUUCGCGUACGGGACCACGCUGUGUGUCCGGGACAUGAACCUGCCUCCCGAGGAGCAGGAGUACCAUCCCGGGAUCAUGGUCACUGUCCUCUUCUGCACAUUCAUGGCGUCCCAGAACAUCGCGAUGUGCCACCCGCACCUGGAGCUGUUCGCGGCCGCGCGCGGCGCCGCCGCCUCCCUCUACCGCCUGCUGGAGAGGCGCUCGAGGAUAGACGCCAUGCUGGAUCGGGGGGAGAAGAUCGACAGGCUGAGGGGGGAGGUCGUGUUUGAGGAUAUUUACUUUAAUUAUCCGUCGAGGCCUGAUGUCAAGGUACUCCGCGGUUUCAACCUGCGCGUGUCCCCCGGCGAGACCGUGGCCCUGGUGGGCGGCUCCGGGUGCGGCAAGUCAACGACCUUGCAGCUGCUGCAGCGGCUCUAUGAGCCGGCUGGAGGCAGCGUGAAGGUGGAUGGGAGACCGCUGAGUGAGCUGAACAUCACUCACUACAGGAGGAGUAUAGGCGUGGUAGGCCAGGAGCCGGUCCUCUUCGGCGGCACCAUCCGCGAGAACAUCGCCCUGGGCAUGGACCACGCCAGCGAGGCGGACAUCGUUGAGGCAGCUACGGUCGCUAACGCGCAUGGAUUUAUCUCGAAACUCAAAAACGGCUACGACACAGUGAUCGGCGAGCGAGGCGCGUCGCUGUCCGGCGGACAGAAGCAGCGCGUGGCCAUCGCGCGCGCCGUGCUCCGGAAACCCGCCAUUUUGCUGCUGGACGAGCCGACUUCUGCGCUGGACCCGGCUGCAGAACGACAGGUACAAGCAGCGCUGGAUGCAGCCAGCAAAGGAAGGACCACGCUGGUUGUAUCACACAGGUUGUCGACGAUAGUCAACGCAACCCGUAUAGCCUACGUGGAGCACGGAGCCGUGCUGGAGCAGGGCUCACACCGGGAGCUGCUGGAGAAGAAGGGUCUCUAUUGGAAGCUGCUGCAAGAGGACAUGAGCACAGAAACCAUGGAGAAGACCUGCUCAGACGUGGAGUCGGAGGAAGACGAUGAUGUCGUCGAGGAGAGCCGGUUCAAGAGAGCGCCGAGCAUUCGCUCGUCGAGGCGAGAGUCCCUAACACCGGAGCGUAUCCUCCGCGGCAGCAUGCGGCUGGGGUCCGUGGCGGGGGCGCAUGUACCCAACGUAGCUGUGCCUGAUCUAGACCACAUUGAGGAAACAUGCGAGACGGAAGAGGAAGCAGCAGAGGCCCCAGUAUCCAGCCUGCAACUCCUCAAGCUGAACACGCCGGAAUGGCCGCUGUUGCUCGGUGGAGGGUUCGCAUCGCUCCUCGUCGGGGCCACCAUGCCGGUGUUCGCGCUUCUGUUCUCACAAAUAUACGCGAUGUUCGCGGAAUCCGACCCCAACAAGAUUCUAUCCCAGUCCCAACUGUAUGCCGGUCUGUUCGCCGGCGUGGCCGCCGCGUGUGGCGUCGUCACGUUUCUCCAGGCGUGGCUCUUCGGUCGCGCUGGGACCCGGCUCACUACGAGGCUCAGGGAGAAUACCCUCAGGAAUUAUCUGUACCAGGAGCAGGGCUGGUUCGACCGCGCGCAGAACUCGGUGGGCGCGCUGUGCGCGCGGCUCGCCACCGACGCCGCCGCCGUGCAGGGCGCUACAGGCACGCGGCUGGGCACGGUGCUGCAGGGCAUCAGCACCAUGGUGAUCGGCGUGAGCCUGGCCAUGGCCUACUCUUGGAAGAUGACCCUGGUUUCCCUGCUCAGCGUGCCUUGCGUGAUCGGUGGAAUCUACUUGGAGGGUUACGUGAUGAAGAAGGCGGAGGUUAAAGAGAAGAAGGCGCUGGAGCAGGCCUCGAGGGUCGCCACCGAGGCCGUCUCCAACGUGCGCACCGUGCAGAGUCUCGGCGUAGAGUCCACAAUCCUGGACAAGUACCUCUCAAACCUGCAGGAAGCCAGCGCGCGCGCCGGCCGGGCCUCUCUUCUGCGCGGGCCCGUCUACGGCCUGUGUCUGUGCGCUCCUACGCUUGGAUACGCUGUGUCCCUGUCUUAUGGAGGGUAUCUCAUUGCGAGAGAAGACUUGCCUUAUGCCUACGCUAUACUGGUAUCAGAAGCGCUGAUCUACGGCGCGUGGAUGUUGGCGGAGGCGCUGUCGUUCGCGCCCAACUUCGCGGCGGCGCGGCGCUCCGGCGCGCGCAUCCUGAGGGCGCUGCAGCGCACGCCGAGGGUCGUCACCGAGGGAACCGCCACGGAAAUACCAGACUGGACGGCGUCCGGUGACAUCACGAUCAACGAUGUCCACUUCACGUACCCGACGCGGCCCGGCGUGCCCGUGCUGCGCGGGCUGUCGCUGCGGCUGCCGGCCGGCAAGCGGCUCGCUCUAGUCGGCACGUCCGGCUCAGGGAAGAGCACCAUCGUGGCGCUGCUGCUGAGGAGCUAUGAUGCCGACAGCGGGAGCAUGUUGCUGGACGGCGCCGACAUCCGCCGGACACUAACCCUCCGGCAGCUGCGCGCGCAGCUCGGCCUCGUGCAGCAGGAGCCGGCGCUGUUCGAGCGCACCAUUCGCGAGAACAUCGCCUAUGGAGACGUCAGCCGCAAGGUCUCCAUGGACGAGAUCAUACACGCCGCCGAGCAGGCCAACGUACACAGUUUCAUCGCCAGCUUACCUCAGGGCUACGAGACCCGACUGGGCCAGGGCGGCGCGUCGCUGUCCGGCGGCCAGAAGCAGCGCAUCGCCAUCGCCCGCGCGCUUGUCCGGCGCCCGAGAGUUCUACUACUCGACGAGGCGACAUCCGCACUAGAUGCUAACAGUGAAAAGACGGUACAGGCGGCGCUGGAGGCGGCGUCAGAGGGCCGGACGACCAUCACCAUCGCGCAUAGACUGGCCACCGUCAGGAACCACGACCUCAUCGCUGUAGUUGACAAGGGAGUGGUGGCAGAGAUCGGCAGCCACGAGGAGCUGGCCCAGAAGCGAGGCUUGUACUGGGAGCUGCUGCAGCAGCAGGGGCCGUGCUGAGACGCCAUCUUGGAAAGCCAACAUCUUGUAUAAUGUGCAUACAUCGGGGUUUUCGGUGCGGGAAUGUUUUACACUAGCCAAAUAACAGGUAAAAACCGUAAAAAACGAUUCUAAAGCACAUUUGGACCUUACUACCUACGUUUAAUUCGUAUAGAUGGUCAAGCAAAUCUUGUCAGUAGAAAAAGGCGCGAAAUUCAAAUUUUCUAUAUGAGUCGAUAUCCCUUCGCGCCUAAAUUUUUCAAAUUUGCCGCCUUUUUCUACUGACAAGAUCUGCUUGACCAACUAUAGUUUGGUAAUUAUUUUACAAUAAACAAAGUUAUGGAUACACGAAAUCAUGCCCGCACCGAAAACCCCGAUGUGUUAUGUGUAGCCGCCAUCUUGUGAUUGUGUUCAACGUUUUAGUUAUUGAUUGUAGUCAUCUCAUUUUCAUGGCAGCGUUGAUACGCUUACCCUAAAUUUUGUAUUGUAAGUCAGAAACAAAGUAAGUUCUGAACUUAAUUUUGCAUUUUUUCCUAAAGUUAGACGAAGAAAAGUCUGCAGCGAUUUUGAUAGCAUACCUACGCAGUGUAAGUGUUAUCUAUACAUCAUAAUUUCAUAGAAGUGUGACGUUUAAAAUAACACUUACACUGUGUGUGCUAUCAAAAUCGUUACAGGCUUUGUUCUUGGUCUUACUCUUACUCAGAAGGUCUUUUAUAAAAACUUGAAUCAGUUAUCUCCCUCGCUCGAUAUUGCUAGUACCAGGCGUGGCUCACUCCGCGAGUUCGUCGCUUUGCUACAGGUAGCUAAAAGUACAUCCGUUCCACACCAAUUUUGGUGGCUAGCCAAAAGCCGCGCGUGGCGCUGUCACCACCUAGCGGCCAUAUCUGUCCUGAUCGUAACAGACGCGUUUUGUUAGAGAGCGAGUCUUCUGUAACUAGUACUAUUAUUUAUUCUGUGCUAGUACCUAGAUAUUCCUUUUACUACGCUACCAUGAAAAUGAAAUCAAAUUAGCAUCACUUUUCCUAUAAUGACGAAAUAAUCGUUAAUCGCUUAGAACCUAAGGAAACAUGCUGCCUUACCAUUAUCAGAAAGGGGCAGAUGAUUUGUAGAUAUUUUGUAGUUUAAGUACCUGCCUGGGUACUUUCCGUGACAUACACUUAAGUAGAUAAGGUUUAGGUACUCGGGUGAUUCCGAAUGUCGAAAACUGUCGGUUAAUUCCGAAAAGAGACUUUUAAUAUGAUGGAAUUAAGGGUGAUUUUCAUCUGAAUUUCGGAAUUAUCCGACAUUCGGUAUUACCCGAAUACACCCUUAUAUACAGGGUGUCUAAAAAUAACUGCAUUCCCGUUGCCAGGGAGGUUUGGAGAUAAUACUGGCUAAAAAAAUUUGGCUGUUUCAUACAUUUUGGCUGGUCCAUUUUCUAUGGGAGGGUAAACUUUUAUUCGCGAUUUCGGGGUUGGUCCCGUAGUAAAAGUUGCUCAGUGUAGUCCCAAAACCUCCCUGGCAACGGGAAUGCAGUUAUUUUUAGCCACCAUGGAUAGUUUAGAUAGCAUCAUAUUUAAUUUUAGCUUAUAAGGACUAUAAUUUGUAAUAGGUGUUUGUAUGCCAUUCACACCUACUAUUAUUUUGAUUAUGUUAGUAAUUGAAAUAAAACGGAUGUUUCAUGAAAAGUUGCUAAAAAAAGGAAAAGAGCCAGAAUCUCAGAAUCUUUUUUAUAUCCACAGAUUUUUUAAUACAAUUUGGUCAUUGUUAAGAGUUCCUUUCUGGGCGAAAUAAACACGAAAUCCCAAUUUUGGGACAAAAAAAUGUGAUUGUUCGUUCCAAAAUUCUACCUACUCAAGGUCAAUGUGGCUAAUUCCGUCAUAGGGACUAUUUCGUCUACGCUUAUAUUGUACCAGAAUAGGGAACUAUCAGUUGCACCAAAUUUUAUCGAAAUAGACGAAAGA